UUAAAAUACGCUGUCCUGUUGGCAGUUAAUUGGUAAUGUAAAAUCUAUCUCGGUUCAGCGUAAACUCAUCAACGAUUUCACGACACGAGGCCUAGCAAAAAGCUCCAGCAAGUACGAAAACAUCGAACUUUCAACACUAGAGGGCAGCACUAAGCUCCAGAAAAUGAGUGAAGAAGACGGUGAGCAGACACAGAGCCUCGAUGAUUCAAAUUCAGCAAAAUCAGAAAAGAAAAACUUAAGUUUUUCUAUAGCUAGGAUAAUGAGUAAUAAAACUGAUGAAAAAAAUCUAGAACAACGAAAAAAACUGUCGGAUAUACAUCAAACAGAAUCCAGUAGUGAAACGUCAGAUUCGGUGUAUCAUCAACUAAAUUGCCCCGUUCCGUUUUGUUGCUGGACAAUGAAUCAUUCGUUGUUCCUCAUGCCAAAUUAUCCACCUGGAUGUAAAAAUCUUUUAAAGCCAGAUCACUUAUAUCACGACCAUGCUUACGAGGGCAACUGGACAAGGUUAAUAUCCUCAACUAAUUCUCAAGGAGUGACCAAACUAUGUUUGAACAAUCACAAUAUGGCGGCUAACUGUUGGUUGAAUUCACACUGUGUACCCAGCUUAUUUAACGAUUACAGCAUUCUUUACUCGAUAUAUCACGAACAUGACCACUCCUUCCUAGGCAUUCAACCAGCAAGACCAGUCAAAGACAAGUCGUUUGCUACGUUGCGGGAUUGUAAUCCUUUCAGAAAUUCAAGAGAAGGUCAAACCAACAUUGUUCGGCCAGAACCACUCUUUCCACAAAUAGGAAAGAAUUUGAUGUUCACUUCUCUUCAAGAUGGCAAGAAGAAAUGUCCAAACCAUGCGGGAAAAGCAGAGUUUAUUCCACUUUCUUCCGACCCAAUUUACUCCACUCUGUGUUCCCGGUAUGAUCCAAUGGAUGACAAUACAGUAACAUCUCCUGGUGGUGACCUUGAAAAAAAGUUUGGUAUGACGACAAAAAGAGGAUCCAGUAAGAAGCCGAGGAAUUUUGUAUGUGCCGAGUGUGGAAAAGUGUUUAAUGCACACUAUAACCUCACUCGUCACAUGCCUGUACACACUGGAGCCAGACCAUUCGUAUGUAAGGUCUGUGGCAAGGGUUUUCGUCAAGCUAGCACCCUCUGUCGUCACAAGAUCAUCCACACUCAAGAAAAACCACACAAAUGUCUCACCUGUGGCAAGGCUUUUAAUAGGAGUUCUACCCUCAACACCCACAUCCGAAUCCACGCCGGUUACAAACCCUGGGUUUGCGAGUACUGCGGAAAAGGUUUUCACCAAAAGGGCAAUUACAAGAACCACAAGCUGACACACAGUGGUGAAAAGGCUUACAAAUGCUCGGUGUGUAAUAAGGCAUUCCACCAGGUCUACAAUCUUACCUUUCACAUGCACACUCAUAAGGACAGGAAACCUUACACCUGCAAAGUGUGUGGCAAAGGUUUCUGUCGGAACUUCGACUUAAAGAAGCAUCUACGAAAACUGCACGAGACCACAGUAAGCGUCGUAUCUGAUGCGAGCCUGAAGAAGGAAGUUGUGUCGGAUAGUGGCAACUCCUUUAACUGAGCGACUUGACGUCAGAAGUGUGUAUUUUUUUUUAUACAAAAAAGAACGUUAGCAAAGCGUAAAAGAAACAAGAAGAGAAGUACGAAAACUGUUUGUAACAACAGCAAACCGAAUAAACGUCGACAUUUUUCAGACGCAACCGGAGUGUGCAACUUCUGUUAUAAGAUAAGCUUCGUUUUUUUGUUGAUUUGUUUGUUUGUUUUUUCAAAAAACAUCAUCAACAAAAAUGACGUCAGAAGUGUGUAUUUUUUUUAUACAAAAAAGAACGUUAGCAAAGCGUAAAAGAAACAAGAAGAGAAGUACGAAAACUGUUUGUAACAACAGCAAACCGAAUAAACGUCGACAUGUUUCAGACGUAACCGGAGUGUGCAACUUCUGUUAUAAGACAAGCUUCGUUUUUUUGUUGUUUUGUUUGUUUGUUUUUUCAAAAAAACAUCAUCAACAAAAACUACUCUUUAUCUAAUUGAUAAAGAUUAGAGAGUCGGCACGCUCUGUGUUCAACAAAACCAAUGCUCAAGUAUCAGUGUUUCUUGAUACUCUAAUUGAGUUUUAAAUAAUAAAAUUCUCUAAUUUUGAUUUAAGAGCAUUAAUAAACAUGCUCAUUUAAAAAUACAAUAGAAAUAAACACCGAAAUGUGGUGUAAUUAUUAUCAAGAAGCAGAACCUUAAAAUAAGAAAGUCUUUAGUCCCUGAAAAGCUUUGUUAUCACCUUAAGAAGCAGUUCAUGUAAAUUUGUAGUUUUUUUUCUCGUAUGUUCGUAUGAAUUUCUUACACUUUGUAAUAAGAAACGAGCAACGCCUGUUUUAGCUGACAUUGGUAGAAACUCUCAUGCAAUGACCUUUAAAGCGUAUGUAAUCUUUUUCGAAACUACAAUUAUUGCAAUGUCAAGAAAUAUUUGACAAAAUGUGAUGAUUUUUGUUAAUUAUUUGUAGAUUAAACGUAAAUUAAUGUGUUUUAAACCAUUAUUUUCUUUAAUAUUUAUAAGCACUUUUCCCAUAUCCACCAAGUUCGUGUUUUUCUUGGUAUUGUCGUUGUAUUUGAUAUUAAAGUUUAACCGUCUUAUUGUGACUGUGUCAACUUGAUAAUUGCGAACGUGUGUAAAUGUCUUGUACUUCAUAUUUCUAAACACUUAUAGUAAUAAAUUGUAUAUAAAGUU